GUAUAUUCUUCGGACUCUUAGCCUCCAAUAAUAUCAGUUAUGUGGGGAAUUUUGGAGACAAUACAACAACGCAUAGAGAAAGAAAAAAACUAAAUUGCAAUAUUACAGUGACAAAGUUUGUGUAGAUAGAUAGAGGCGCCUGGGAAAACCAUCAAAACGGGGUUCAUAAUUUUUUGUGUGACGGAACAAUUUUUAUUUUAGUUUUGUGCUGGCAGUUUUACGGUGUUAUAAUUUUGAUAAAAAGAAAAUUGAAACAAAAGUGCUUAAAAAUAUUAACAAAUUAAUAUAAAAAGAAAAAUAUAAAAAAAAAUUAUUAACAACAAGAAAAAAAACGUAAAAUAAAACAGCGAAAAUGGCAUUGAAAGUGUUGGUUGGACAAAAAAUUAUGAACGAGGUGGUGAAAUACAAACCACCACCGCCGAAAAAAGCCGGCGCUGCGGCUGCAGCCUCUGCUGCCUCCAAGGCUAACGUGGAUUGGCGUGUAUUGGUUGUGGACAAGUUGGGCAUGCGCAUGGUAUCGGCCUGUACUAAAAUGCAUGAAAUCAGUGCCGAGGGCAUUACAUUGGUGGAGGACAUUAACAAAAAGCGCGAGCCAUUGCCCUCUAUGGAUGCAAUAUAUUUGAUAACACCCUCACAAGAGUCGGUGGCGGGUCUGAUAAGAGAUUUUGAAAAUCCUGCUAGGCCCAUGUAUCGCUAUGCUCAUGUCUUCUUUACCGAGGCCAUUCCAAAUGAAAUUUUUGAUAUGAUUAAGGCUGAAAAGAAUUUAUUACGCUAUAUGCGUUCUUGCAAAGAAAUCAAUAUUGCAUUUCUAGCCUAUGAAAGUCAGGUCUACUCGCUCGAUUCGCCAGACAGUUUUCAGUGUUUGUACUCACCGGCAUUCGCUUCGAUACGCGCCAAACACAUCGAGCGCAUUGCCGAGCAAAUUGCCACAUUGUGUGCUACGCUCGGCGAGUAUCCGAUGGUGCGAUAUCGCACUGAUUGGGAUCGCAACAUCGAUUUAGCUGCUGUCGUGCAGCAAAAACUGGAUGCGUACAAGGCUGACGAGCCAACGAUGGGCGAGGGUUCCGAGAAGGCACGUUCACAAUUAUUGAUUUUGGAUCGUGGUUUUGAUUGCGUGUCGCCCCUGUUGCACGAGCUGACCCUGCAGGCGAUGGCCUACGAUUUAUUGCCCAUCGCCAAUGAUGUCUAUCGUUUUACACCGGGUCCCAAUCAGCCCGAAAAGGAGGUGCUGCUCGACGAGAACGACGAUCUGUGGGUAGAGUUGCGUCACGAACAUAUCGCCGUCGUUUCCACUCAAGUUACAUCGAAUCUUAAGAAAUUUACCGAUUCAAAGAGAAUGUCUUCUACCGACAAGGCCUCCAUGCGUGAUUUAUCUCAAAUGAUCAAGAAAAUGCCGCAAUAUCAAAAGGAGCUUUCAAAAUAUUCCACUCAUUUGCAUUUGGCCGAAGAUUGUAUGAAGUCUUAUCAGAAUUAUGUGGAUAAAUUAUGCCGCGUGGAACAGGAUUUGGCCAUGGGCACCGAUGCUGAGGGAGAAAAGAUCAAGGAUCAUAUGCGCAGCAUUGUACCCAUUUUGCUUGAUACUAACGUUUCCAACUUUGAUAAAGUACGCAUUAUUGCUUUGUAUGUCAUGAUUAAGAAUGGCAUUACUGAGGAAAAUCUCACCAAACUAUUUACGCACGCUCAACUAUCACCCAAAGAUCAGGAUAUGGUGCGCAAUUUAAGCCAUUUGGGUGUUAAUGUUAUAGCUGAUUCACGCAAAAAAUCGUACAAUGUGCCACGCAAGGAGCGCAUUACCGAACACACCUAUCAAAUGUCACGCUGGACCCCGGUUAUCAAGGACAUUAUGGAGGAUUGUAUUGAGGAGAAAUUGGAUCAGCGUCAUUUUGCUUACUUAGCUGGCCGGGCUCAAAAUACUAAUUAUCAUGCUCCCACUAGUAGCGCACGUUAUGGCCACUGGCACAAAGACAAGACCCAGGCCCAAGUCAAGAAUGUGCCACGUCUCAUUGUCUUUAUUACGGGCGGCGUUAGCAUGUCCGAAAUGCGUUGCGCUUAUGAGGUAACAAAUUCCAUUAAAAACUGGGAAGUCAUAAUUGGCUCGUCGCACAUCUUGACACCCGAGAAUUUCCUAAGUGAUUUGGGUUCGCUGUCCAAGGAGGACUAGAAGUACGCUAAAACCAACGAGGAGGCAACAGAGGAAGAAUCGGCAGAAAACAAUGCUUAACAAACAGUAUAAUAAUUAAAUAAUAUACAAAACACUUAUCAUUAAGAACACAAUUUAAACAAGAAAUGCAAAUUAUAAAAAGUGUGUACACAUAAAGAAACAUGUUGGAAUAAAAACCAUUAAAGACAAACAUUUAACACUUAUUUAAUAUUUAAAAUGCAUAAAAAAAUAUUAAUAUCUUUUAAACAAUUUGUGCAAUUAUAAUUUUUUUUUUAUAUAAUUUUUUUGGAAAAAAAAAUCUUUGAAAUUUAUUAAAAUUUAAACAAAUUUUUACUUAUUACAAACAAAGUUUUUGCAAUAGAUUGAUAAAUUUUCUAGUACUAAACUAAAGAAGAAAACAAAAAUUAGUUAACUCUAUUUGUUUAACAUCUGCUGCUAAAAUGUCUUAAUACUUAAAAUAGAACAAAUUAUAUUGUUAAAGAAACAUAAAUUAAAGUAACAAAAAAAAAAAAAGAAGGUUUACAAUCUAGAAUGUUUGUCAAGUAAAGUUUUGAUCUUAACAAUUAAACCAAACAAAUACAAUUAUUCUUUAUUCCAUUUAUUAUAUUAAAAAAAAACUAAAACAAUAUUUAAAAACAAAAAAAUGGUGUAAUUGGUAGUAUCGUUUAACUUCUUAAAGUCUAUAUGUAUACUUAACUAUUGUAUUACAUAUAACUAUAUUUAUAUAUAUUUAAACAAGAUAUUUAUAAACAAACAAAACAAUAUCUUAACACAAAAUCUAAUAAAACACAAUAAUUAUAUAAA